AGAGACCUUCCGUGGGACCCGCGCUCACAUUCCUAUAAGAACUCACAAUUUAUCAUGCCAUAUCCUACUCUAUAAUCACUUCGUUGACGAAGAAACCCCAUUCUUACGAUUAACACUUUCGAUUCCGAUUUAUCCAAAAUGGCGCCCAUCCAAUUCGGGAUUCUUUUGAUUCCUUUCCAGAUUCUAGACGUCAUUGGACCAGUCGAUAUUCUCUCAUCUUCCUCAAUCCCCUACCUCAAGGGAAGCGGAGAGGCCAUUGGGGAGACACUGGAAUUCGCCGACCGUGGCCUUGAUAUUGAAUUCCAUUAUAUCGGGGACACUAUGGAUGGGCUAGCUGGAACGGCAAAUUGUACAAUUAAGCCAACCACCACCUGCGCGACAUGUCCCAAGCUCGAUUACCUCCUCAUUGGCGGACCGCAUCCCGAAUUCUUCCUUAACGUACCGGACGUCUUUGCAAACUUCAUUCGAGAACGAGUAGAUGGACUCCAGGGCCUGUUCACAACAUGCACUGGUGGAAUGGUUGCCGCCACGGUUGGUAUUCUCGAUGGCCGAACGGCGACAAUGAAUCAUCAGUAUCUGGCAAAGGCCAAGGAGCUGAAGCCGGACGUUAACUGGUCAUCGAAGCAGUGGGUUGUGGACGGGAAAUUCUGGACGGCAGGCGGGGCAGUUGCUGGGAUGGAUAUGUUUGCGCACUGGGUCACUGAGAAGUGCGGUCAGGACGUUGCGGAGUUUGGAUACAUGGCGCUGGAUUUUGAACCUCGUGAUGUGGACGGAAAACCGGUUCCUUUGAAGACAAGCCUUAGGGGUAACAAUUAGUGACUCCGCGCCCGAUAGGUUCUAUCGCAGGAAGUCGUCGGAUUAGGCCCUGACAAUGAAUGUUCGGUCUUUAGGUGUUAUAAUGAGACCUAGAGAGCAGAGUAACUCAGUAGUGCCAUAAAAAUAUAGGACAUCGAAUAAAAUUCGGGUAUUGAUUG